AUGGCGAGCAACUGGUUUAGGAUGGACAAGCUAUCGCGUGAGAACCAGUUCGUGCAAGCUUUACAAUUUCUAGAGUUCUGUUGCCUUCUCAUGGACAUGCAAAUCACCGAGGGGCGAUACGUGAUCUUUGAACACCCGUUUCGCGCGCUGAGUUGGCAACACCCAGAGAUCGUGGCCCUCAGCCAACGACCUGGAAUGAAAAAAAUCAAGUUCGACAUGUGCAUGUUCGGCAUGGUCUCCCCAAUCGAGAAGGUGCCCCUCAAAAAAACAACGGUUUUCUUGACUAACGUGGAUGCGCUGGUCCCCAAGAUGUCGAACAAGACGUGCCGGGGGACCCACUGCAAGCACAAAACGAUCGAGGGCAUGGAGGGGAACAUCAAACUGUCGAGGUGGGCUCAGAAGUACCCUGACCCUUUGUGCGAGGCCAUCGCAGAGGCCAUAUCAGAACUGUGA